AUGCCUCCUAAAGUGGAUGGGAUGGUCAGGCUAUUCGAUCGUGGAGACUAUUUCUCUGCGCACGGCUCCGAUGCUGUCCUCAUAGCCAACGAGGUUUUCCGGACUACCAACGUCCUCAAGUAUCUCGGCUCGGGCUCCAAAUCAAAGCCUACCUCUUCUUCCACCGGAGGCAGCACUGCCAGAGGGCUGGCAUCGGUCACGAUAUCAUCGGCUCUGACUCGCGCUUUCUUGAGGGAGGCUUUGACAGCCAAGCAGAUGCGUGUGGAGAUCUACGCACCCGAUGUUGCGGCUGCUGGAGGCAAAAAGGACAACUCCAAAUGGACCAUUUCCAAGUCCGCCUCGCCUGGAAAUCUCUCCCAAGUCGAAGAUCUACUCUUCUCCGACAAAGACCUUGAAGUCAAUGCUGUAUCUAUGGCGAUCAAGGUGGUCAACUCCAAAGACGGCGGCGUGUUGGUCGGCGUUGGAUUUGUCGAUGUGCAGGAAAAGAUCAUUGGAGUGGCGGAAUUUGCAGAUGAUGAGAACUUUUCGAAUACCGAAUCGCUACUGAUCCAGCUGGGGGUGAAGGAGUGUAUAUUGCAAGACGAUGACAAGAGGCCGGAAAUCGCCAAGUUGAGGAUGCUAGUCGAAUGGUGUGGGGUCAUAGUGACAGACAGAAAAUCGUCAGAAUUCCAGGCAAAGAGUGUCGAGCAAGACCUCAACCGCAUGCUCGAUGAGGUACAUGCUGGUUCCACCCUUCCCGAGUUUGAACUCAAGGCUGCCAUGUCUGCUCUCUCGGCUCUCAUCAACUACCUCUCCCUUCUCUCUGACGUCGCUCUCCACGGCCAGUUCCGCCUCCACCGCCACGACCUCUCCCAGUACAUGAAGCUCGACGCUUCCGCCCUCAAAGCCCUCAGCCUCAUGCCCAACCCCCAAGAACUGGGGGGCAAUAAAAACAUGAGCGUCUUCGGCUUGCUGAACAGGUGCAAGACUAGUCAGGGUAUGAGAUUGUUGGGAAGAUGGUUGAAGCAGCCAUUGGUGAACCUGCAUGAAAUCACGCAGCGGCAAGUGAUGGUGGAAGUCUUUGUGGAUGAUGCAAACACCAGGAGGACAGUGCAGGAUAAAUAUCUCAAGUCUAUGCCGGACUUUCACAGGAUCUCGAAGAAGUUUCACAGAAGAGUGGCGGGGCUGGAGGAUGUCGUCAGAGUGUACCAGGCCGUUCAAUUGCUACCAGGGCUGGUGGAGAGUUUGGAAGAGAUCGAGCUUCUCAACCCUAGGGGCAAGGAGCUGCUCGAAGAGAUAUGGCUCAAGCCUCUUCGUGAACACAUCGGGAAACUUGACAAUUACUCUGCUAUGGUUGAAGACACUAUCGACCUCGAGCAACUCUCCUCCCACAACUUUGUCAUCCUUCCCACCAUCGAUGAAGAUCUUCAACGGUAUCGCGAAGAGCUCUUGGGUGUGAGGGAUCAGCUGGACGAGGAACAUAGAAAGGUUGGCGAUGAUUUGGGAAUUGACAUUGAGAAGAAGCUCCAUCUGGAGAAUCACCACGUGUAUAAAUACUCUUUCAGGAUCACCAAGGCUGAAGCCGGCUUGAUCAGAAACAAGAAGGAAUAUAUUGAUUUGUCCACACAGAAAUCGGGGACCAUCUUCACCACAAAGACCCUUCGAGGACUCAGUGAAGAAUACUUUAGACUGCAAGAAUUGUAUGAAAAGCAGCAGAGGCAUCUGGUGAAGGAGGUUGUUGCGAUUGCUGCCACAUACACACCGGUGCUGGAAGUUUUGGACAACCUAAUGGCUGCCGUCGAUGUCAUCGUCAGUAUGGCCCAUGUCUCCGCCAAUGCCCCCAUCCCUUAUGUCAAGCCUACGCUCCAUCCCAAAGGCUCCGGCAAUGUCGUGCUCACCGCUGCUCGCCACCCCUGCCUUGAAGCACAAGACGACGUCACCUUCAUUCCUAAUGAUCACCAUAUGCUCAAAGGCUCAUCCGAAUUCGCCAUCAUUACCGGUCCGAAUAUGGGCGGUAAAUCAACGUAUAUCAGGCAGAUCGGGGUGAUUGCACUGAUGGCACAGGUGGGGUGCUUUGUACCCGCAGAGGAGGCGGAAUUGCCGGUGUUUGAUUGUAUUCUGGCAAGGGUCGGUGCGGGAGAUAGUCAGCUGAAGGGAGUCAGUACAUUCAUGGCAGAGAUGCUGGAGACUGCAACGAUCUUACGGUCUGCUACCAAAGACUCUCUUAUCAUCAUCGAUGAGCUCGGUCGAGGGACUUCCACCUACGAUGGCUUUGGUCUCGCCUGGGCCAUCUCGGAAUACAUUGCAGAAAAGAUCCAUUGUUUCUGUCUCUUCGCUACCCACUUCCACGAACUUACCGCUCUUGCGGAGAAGAACGCCCAUGUUAAAAACCUUCAUGUCGAGGCGCAUGUCAAAGAGAGGAGUGAGGGUGAGACCGGCGGUAAGGGUAGAGAUAUCACCUUGCUCUAUAAAGUCUCGGACGGGAUCAGUGACCAAAGUUUUGGAAUACAUGUGGCGGAACUGGCCAACUUUCCGGAUAGCGUCGUCAAGCUGGCAAAGAGAAAGGCGGAAGAGCUUGAAGACUUUGGCGAGCCAGACGACAUCUCUGCCCCGUCCGCCAAAUACCCCAAAGAGACCAUUGAUGAAGGCACCGAUCUCAUCAAGGAAUUUCUCGCCACCUGGAAGUCUCGAGUAUCUGUUGAUGAGGACAGCGAUGGGGGUAUGCAGCCGAGCGAAGAGGAGAUGGUCUCACAGCUUCGAGCGACAGCGGAAGAGUUCAAAGGGCGUUUCGGAGAGAACGAGUGGGUGAAGGGGCUCAUGGCUACUCUUUGA